AUGUCCCUUCACUCUACCGUACCAGACUUCACCUCAACUUGGGCGGAUUGUGCAGCCUCAAAACGUCCCGUCCGUUGCAGUUGUCGCCAUGGGCAAGCCGUCUUGUCAGCACCAAUACUAUCUCGGGAUCCCUUGUCCAUACUGUCAGCCACCUGCCGCUCAUUCGGUGGUGCGGCCGCUACCAAGGAGACGGAGGUUCCUCCAAUCCUAGUCUUAUCUACCCAGAUGUCGAAUGUGGUAGCCAGUUUGCGGUGUGUAGUUGUAGUGUAG